AUGAGAAUCCGAAUCAGCAUUGUUCAAGUCUUUGGAACUUCCUUCCAGAGAGAAGCAACAGAGGUCUGGAACUUCAUUAUGGCGCGAGACAGUGCUGAGAAAACCCAGACGAGCCAACUUAAACAGCCACAAGCUGAUAUCGCGAACCCCUCGCCAGCCAUUAAUGAGUCUGGGACGUAUUCGGAAGCCCACUUGAAGCAACCCGACCAAGACAAGGAAACCCAGAUCUGUGAAAAGCCAACAGAUGCCCUCCUUUCCAAUUCAUCUAUCGACCGAAACGAGCUCAGCAAAGAGAAAAAACAUACUCUCGAUUCACACACAGGUGAAGGUCGACAAAUCGGGGUGCUGUUUGAGAAUCUUUCUGUUCACGGCUCUGCUUCAUCUACCUCUACUCAGCCAACUGUUGUCUCGGCUUUGGUGAGCCCAAUAAAGCGACUUGCAAAACUACUGGGGGGCAGACAUAGUCGGCAAACUUCAAGUCAAAUCCUUUACGGGCUUGAUGGACUUUUGUGUCCCGGAGAGCUACUCCUGGUGCUCGGGCGCCCAGGAAGCGGGUGCUCUACCUUCUUGAAGGCGGUAUGUGGCUACCUGGAUGGCCUUAGUCUCGACCCAGCCAGCAAAAUUCAGUACCAAAGCAUCUCUUUAGAGAUAUUGUUGAAGGAAUACCGGGGUGAAGUUGUUUAUAAUGCCGAAGAGGACUAUCAUUUCCCUCAUUUGACAGUUGGUGAAACUCUUGAGUUCGCUGCGUCCUCGCGUGCACCUCACACCCGAGCAGUCAAUGUGAGCCGUGGGGAAUAUGUCAAGGCUGCUGUGCAGGCAGUCAUGGAUCUCUAUGGUCUGUCGCAUACAAAGGAUACGCACGUCGGCAACGAGUAUAUCCGUGGAGUCAGUGGUGGCGAAAGGAAGAGAGUGAGCAUAGCAGAAAUGACAUUAGCAAGAGCUCCCAUCGGUGCUUGGGACAACAGUACUCGAGGUCUGGAUGCUAACAGCGCCCUUGACUUCGCGCAAGCCCUUCGCCUAUCGGCCGAUGUAUCAAAAACAUGCCACGCUGCGGCAGUAUAUCAGGCCUCGGAUGCCAUUUACAACACAUUCGACAACGUGAUCCUCCUCUACGAGGGUCACCAGAUAUACUUCGGUCCGUGUCGCAAUGCUGUUCCAUACUUCGAGGAGAUGGGUUGGAAACGCCAUCCUCGGCAAGUGAGCGCGGAUUUCCUCACUGCGAUCACCAACCCCAGUGAGCGUGAGCCGCGGAAGGGCAUGGAAAGUAGCGUUCCACGGACCCCAGAGGAGUUCGAAGCCCGUUGGAAGCAGAGCCCCGACCUUUCCCUCGGUGGACAACAAGAACGUUGGUUGAGCGAUGCCAAACACAGCCAGCAAGCCAACCACAUCCGAUACUCUAGCCCCUACCUCAUUUCAGUGCCGAUGCAGCUACGUCUGUGCCUUGUCAGAGCGUAUCGACGGAACCUCAAUGAUCUCGCAGGUAUCAUCUCCACCGCGAUCGUUCAGAUUGUCCUUGCGGUUCUGAUCGGAUCUCUUUUCUACAACAUCCCCAAUGAUUCUUCGGGACUUUCGCAGCGCGCGUCUGUCAUCUUUUUGGCCGUUCUUACGAAUAACCUUAUCUCUUUACUGGAGAUUAAUGUGUUGUAUAGUCAGAGAGCAAUUGUCGAGAAACACGCCAACUACGCAUUUGUUCGCCCUUUCACUGAAGCUUUCGCCAGUGUCAUCAUCGACCUUCCAGUCAAGCUCCUUCGUUGUCUCCUUGCGAGUAUAGUCAUCUACUUCAUGGCCAAUCUUCGGAGGGAGGCUGGUCACUUCUUCAUUUACAUUCUCUUUCAGCUCACCUCGGUCGUCACCAUGUCGGGUCUAUUCCGCUGUCUAGCUACAAUGACGAAAACUCUUGGUCAAGCCAUGGCCCUUGGUGGAAUUAUCAUUAUCUGCAUCGCUGUCUAUACCGGCUACACUGUACCUCAACCCGACAUGCGACCGUGGCUUGGCUGGAUCCGGUGGAUCAAUCCAAUCUUUUAUGCCUUCGAGGGAGUCAUAUCCAAUGAAUUCCAUGGUUUGAAAGCUAUCUGUGUCAAUUUUGUGCCCGAUUAUCCCCAUGUUCUCGGGUCAUCUUUCACCUGUUCGGUAGUCGGUUCCACGGCAGGACAGCUGUAUGUCUCUGGGGAUGUAUUCAUCGAAAAGAAUUAUCAGUACUCUCAUAGUCAUCUAUGGCGAAACUUUGGCAUUAUUGUUGCAUUUUUGGUUUUCUUUCAUGCUGCCUACCUGAUUCUCACCGAGCUGGUGCCAGGCACAGCCUCGAGUGGCAACACUUUGUGUUUCCUUUCUAGGAACUCCCCAGACAACCCCGGAGCUGAUGAUCUUGAGUCUCGCAAACAAUCCGGGGCUUUGAGAGAAGUUCAAUCUUCAAGAAGUCACUUGUGCCUGUCUGUGCCGCAGCAAAGGCGCGUUUUCAGUUGGAAGGGACUUUCCUAUGACAUUCCGGUCAAGGGAGGAACAAAACGACUACUUGACGAUGUGAAUGGAUGGGCUAAGCCAGGGACUCUAACGGCUCUUAUGGGCCUCUCUGGUGCAGGCAAGACUACUCUCUUGGAUGUUUUGGCCCAGAGAAUGACCGUGGGUGUUGUCACUGGAGAGAUGCUAGUUGAUGGCAACAAUCUCAACGCCAGUUUUCGCCGAAACACUGGGUAUGUCGAGCAACACGACCUUCAUCUCGAAUCUUCCACCAUUCGCGAAGCUCUUCGGUUCAGUGCUGCUUUGCGGCAGCCGCGAUCCACGCCCAUCGAUGAAAAAUAUGAAUUUGUAGAAGAUGUUAUUCAUCUGUUGGGAAUGGGGGAUUUUUCCGAUGCCAUCAUCGGAAUCCCUGGCCACGGAUUGAACAUUGAGCAGAGAAAGCUCCUAACUAUUGGUGUUGAGCUCGCCGCAAAACCAGAACUUUUAACCUUCUUGGAUGAGCCAACCAGUGGAUUGGAUUCUCAAAGCUCCUGGGCUAUUUGUGCUUUUAUGAGGAAACUUGCCGAUCAUGGCCAAGCUGUCCUCGCGACCAUCCAUCAACCAGGUGCUGUGAUGUUUGAACAAUUCGAUCGCCUACUUCUGCUGGCUCAGGGUGGUAGGCCUGUCUACUUCGGGGAUAUUGGAAGCCAUUCUCGCACGCUUUUGGAUUAUCUGGAAAGCAAUGGAGCGCGUCCGUGUGGACCAACCGAAAAUCCCGCAGAAUACAUGCUUGAUGUGGUGAAUCAGGGCCCCCAGGAAAACUCACAGGCUCUUGAUUGGGUGGACAUAUGGAAGAAAAGUGCUCAGAAUCAAGCAGUUAUCGAUGAGUUGGAUCGGAUGGCUUCAACUCCAUCUCAAACUCCAACCACGGAUACACCCAAGGAACUCGAAUUUGCAAUGCCUGUCGGUAGCCAGAUCCAUCAUGUCCUCAAGCGCGAUUUUCAGCAAUACUACCGCCAACCAGAGUAUAUCAUGGCUAAACUCUCCUUGGGCAUUGUUUCCGGUCUCUUCAUUGGGUUCUCAUUUUGGAUGUCCGAUGAGUCCAAUCAAGGUUUCCAAAACACAAUGUUUAGUUUGUUUCUCUUAUGCACUAUCUUUUCGACGAUGGUCAACCAAAUUCUCCCAAAGUUUAUCGGCAGACGAGCCCUAUAUGAGCUACGUGAACGGCCUUCCCGAACAUAUUCAUGGCAGGUAUUCAUCUUUUCGCAAAUUUUAGUCGAGCUUCCCUGGCAAGCUCUCCUCGGCAUCUGCACAUGGGCUUCCUUCUACUUUUCCGUCUACGGCGGCAACCAGGACUCCGAGCGUCAAUGUCUAGUUUUCCUUUUCGUUCUACAAUUCUUUCUUUUCGCAUCUAGCUUUGCCCAUUUAAUAGCUGCUGCGAUACCAAACCCUAUUUUGGGCAGCAUGCUCGCUCUCUUUAUGUUUGUUCUUUCGUUACUGUCUAACGGCGUCAUGCAAGCACCGAGCAACUUGCCUCCUUUCUGGAGCUAUAUGCACCGAGUCUCUCCGUUAACUUAUUACGUCGGUGGCAUCAGUGCUACUGCAUUACAUGGUCGGCCCAUUCAUUGUACCGAUCGCGAGGUAGUAUCCUUCGAUGCCCCCGCGGGACAGACGUGCGGUGAAUAUCUCAGGGAAUACCUUGAAUUUGCGCCCGGACGACUCCUUAAUUGGAACUCCACAUCGGAAUGCCAAUACUGCCCCCUUCGAUCUGCCGAUCAAUAUCUGGCAAGUCGCGACAUCUUCUGGGACUUGAGAUGGCGCGACUACGGCCUUCUUUGGGCGUAUUUUGCCUUCAACAUUCUUGCCGCCAUUUCCCUGUACUAUCUCUUCCGGGUUUUGCCAUAUUCCAGGAAGAACAAGGUCAAAAAAACAUAA